AUGGGUUGGUUCGACAACGAUUCUGAUCAAGCUAAUGCAUAUGACGAGGUUGAAAGGGCACCUCACAAAGCACAACUGUCCCAUGAACUGAUUGCCGCCGCUGCUUCCUAUGAGGCUGCCAAAGCAUACGAGAAACAUGUUGAGGAAAACGGCAAACCCGAAUCGCACGCGAAGGCCAAAGAGCUCCUCGCUGCCUUCUCCGGAGCUUUCAUUGAUCGCGUAGUGGAAACCAAAGGACUUGACUUCGUCGACAAAGAGAGAGCAAAACACCACGCUAAAGAGCAGCUUCACGAAGCCUCGCAAGGCGACUACUACUGA